AUGGCUCCCAAGUCUCUUCUGUACACCCUCUUCUCCUCCCUUGCCGUCGCUCUGGCGGCGUCAGUCCCCCACACUGACUAUGAGGUGAUGGUCAUCGGUGGAGGCCCCUCUGGCCUGAGCGCCGCCAGUGGUUUGUCGCGGGUGCGCCGCAAGAACAUCGUGUUCGACUCGGGCGAGUAUCGUAAUGCUCCGACAAGGAACAUGCACGAUGUCAUUGGCAACGACGGCGCCGUCCCCAGCGACUUCCGCGCACUUGCCCGCAGCCAAAUCUCCAAGUACAACCAGACGACCUGGGUGAACGAAAAAGUCGACUCGGUCCGCGCCAUCACCGACGAGGAGCGAAACACCACCUACUUCCGCGCCUCGGUAGCCGGCGAAGCCUACACAGCCCGCAAGCUCAUCCUCGGCACCGGCAUGAAGGACAUCCUGCCGGAGACGCCCGGACUGGACGAAGCCUGGGGCAAAGGCGUGUACUGGUGCCCCUGGUGCGACGGGUGGGAGCACCGCGACCAGCCUUUCGGGAUCCUGGGCUCCCUCGUCGACGUCGUGGGCAGCGUGCUGGAAGUGUACACGCUCAACACGGACAUCAUCGCCUUCGUGAACGGCACGCAGACCCCCGAGGCCGAGGCCAAGCUGGCGGAGAAGUACCCCAACUGGAAGAAGCAGCUCGAGGAGUACAACGUCGUGCUAAACAACGAGACUAUCGAGUCCAUUGAGCGCGUGCAGAACGGCGAGGACGUCCAUGAUGACCAGGGCCGCCAGUUCGAUAUCUUCAGGGUUAACCUCGCCGAUGGCUCCUCCGUCACCCGCAAUGCCUUCAUUACAAAUUUCCCCUCGGAGCAGCGCUCGUCCAUUCCCGAGGAUCUCGGUCUGAAGAUGCAGGAUAACAAGAUCGACACCAAUAUCAAUGGGAUGCGGACGAGCCUGCCGGGUGUGUUCGCUGUCGGCGAUGCCAAUAGCGAUGGGAGCACCAACGUGCCGCAUGCCAUGUUCAGCGGGAAGAGAGCUGCUGUCUUUGUUCACGUCGAAAUGGCCCGCGAGGAAUCCCGGGCUGCCGUGUCCAAGCGGACUCUGCCUUCCAAACGGGCCAUGGAGAAGGAAGCAGAGAGACGCAUGGGAAGCGAUCUGGAGAAGCUAUGGGAGCGCGUCCGUCGUGCCUAA